AUGACGACAGCCAAGCUAUCCGGUGCUAAACUGGCAAAAAUAUUGAAGGGUGUCCGAGCUCUUGUUCCGUACUAUAAAGAAAUUGGCGAAGAUAGCAAGGAUGCAUUCAGACACAUAGAACGGAAGUUUGAUCACGAGUUCCAAACGACAAUAACGUCAAGUGGCAUCAAAUGUGUAAGUGGUCCUCCCUUGGAGAAAUUCGCUUCCGGGGUUAUGGCCAUCAUGAUUGGUCGGCACUACGAUAAACUUCAAUGGAUACGAUAUGGUGAGAGACGAUACGACCUCACCGUGAAGCUUGGCGAGGAACGAUUGCCAGCCAUCUCUGAAGGAGUACUCCUUUCUACCAAGGAUUAUAGUCACGUAACAAAGGAAGCUAUACUUAAACAGCUGGAGAAGUAUAAAGGAUUGAUCGAGCAGCGUAAGCCGACGUGCAAUGAUUGCUUGGUUGGUCAAUCAAUUUCUGAAAUGCCAAAAGAUGUGCAUAAGUGUACUCUAUAUGCGAUCUGCUACUCCAUCACGUUAAAGAACUUUAAUCCGCCACUUAUUGAUCUGGAUGUGCUUUGUGGAGCAAAGUUUCAUCUACGUACAUUUACAGAGGAUUUCGGUAGGGCGUUAGGUACGGAAGCCCAUAUUGCUAAGCUGCAUCGACGCGUACAUGGCCCAUUCCAGGACGAGGACGCAAUUCACUCAUAUGCUGUGUCCUGGAAGCAGUUUAGAGAAAUCGACGCCCUGCACAAAAAAGCUGUAUAUGAAUACACGCGGAAAAUGCAAGCUAUGCAUGGCCAGUUGCUGUCGACACUCAAUGUAAAAGCGCCUUAUCGACAGAAAUGA